AUGUCCGCGCCAGAUGUACGGAUGGAAGACCAGGUGUCGGUCACGAGUGAGGGGAGCCCCAUGCCCAAUGGCGUGCGCGUCCGAGAGAUCCAGUCUGAGAACGCAGAUCCCUUCUGUUACUCCGAUGCGCUGGACAUAGUGGGUACCGAACUACCCUGGGGAGACUGGGAUGUCCCCUCCAUCGAUUCGACCGUAUCUCUCUGGCCAACGCAUUCGUCACCCUUCUCUGAGCAGCGCGACGCGCUUUCUGCGCAGUGCGUGCUCAGCCUCACCAAUCUUGCCGUAGAAUUGGGCGAGUGUCUACAGCUGCUCCGCAGUGACAUCCGCACUCAAUCCAUCGACGACUACCCCAUAGGUCACAUACGGCAUCUUUCUCAGAGUUUCGUGGCGUCCUCACAGAACAGAGCGCCAUCCACAGCUGAUAUGUCAACGACGCUGCUGCUGCUGAGCUGCUACGUGAGCCUGCGCAAACUAUACAUCAGCGCGUUUGCGAAUAUAAGAGAUCAUAUGCCGAUGGGACAUGAAAUCCAAUCACAGCUCUCACAUGUGCAGGAUGAUAGGAACAUGAAGCUGAGGGGGAUGGAUCUGCUCAGCGAGAGAUGUAUGAGGAGUUAUACUGCGUUCAACAUCACACUUGACCUCCUGCGUGACUGCGACGCGGCGCUCGGGCUAUGCUCAAUCUGUCGGCCGCCGGGACAGUCAACUUCAUUGAGCUCUUUGGCUCCUACUCAGCAGCCGCAGUGUAUGCGCGCCAGCGAUGGCCUGGGUGUUGGGUCGGAGAAACCCUCGAACGCAUGCACUGCAUGCGCGCUCCCCGCGAGCUUCAAGAAGGAAGCAGCGCCAGUUUUUAGGGCGAUAUCGGAUCAGGAGCACGCUCUGCAUGAGGUAGUCAAGCGUGGCGGCGCGGACCGAAAGCCACACCCGCUCUACCGGUACCAGGGGCGGCAGUUCGCCGCGGGAGGAAGCCGCAUCCAUGCCUUGGCUGGUCGACGAUUUCUUUCAUGUAAGCGAAAGCAGAAAUGGUUAGGGCUGAGAUUAGGCACGCUUUCCGUCUUGUUGACUAUGCAAGGCAUUCAUCCUAGCAAUUGGUAG